CGCUGAACUCAUAUUGAAUCAACAGAACGAAAACCAAAGCGAUUUCAGCACUCCUCAAAUUCGUCGUUUCGGAAUUUUGUUCUGCAACUCCUCUUUCAGAAUGCUGAGGGAUUUCAAACUCCCACGCCGAAACGCCGGCAAACACGAAGAAACUGAGAAUGUGGAUCCUGGGGAUUCAUCUACCUCACUUCAGAGGUUCGCGGAAGGUUCUAGACCUCCACUGAACACAAUUCAAGAACCCGAUGCGAGUUACGAAAGCAAGAUCGAGAGGACUCCAUCGAAGGCCAAUAAUAACAAAGGUAGAGGAGGAGGAACCGAGCUUCGCACGCCGGAUAAGCACUCACAGUGGAAAAGUAGAUUCGGUUGGCAUCACAAGAACGACGGCAUUUCGUCCUUGGGUGAUGAAAGGAGAGGAUCUGGAGUUGGAAAUGUCACUCCGCGUGUGGCUCGCACCGCAGGGAGAGCUUCGAGUGCCGCGGCUUGUUCCGAGAGCAAUUCCACGCAGAGCACUCCAACGAAGAGUGUAACAAAGCCUCCGAACUCCAGUAUUCGGAGUAAAGCUGAUGGAAGCUUCAGUGCGCGUUUGGGGAACUAUGUUGCGUUGUAUAAAGGGGUUCCUAUUUCAGCUUGCACGCCCACGGUUGUUAACACGGUUGAAGUUCCUCACUUCGACCUCAAAGAAGAUUCUUCAUUUUGGAUUAACCACAAUGUUAUUAUUCGCGUUCGUCCUCUCAAUAGCAUGGAGCGGAGUAUGCAUGGUUAUAACAGAUGCCUCAAACAAGAAGGCUCUCAGAGCGUUACUUGGAUUGGGCAACCAGAAAACCGGUUCACCUUUGAUCAUGUUGCAUGUGAAACGAUUGACCAGGAAAUGAUUUUCAGAUUGGCUGGUCUUCCAAUGGUAGAGAAUUGCCUUUCAGGAUAUAAUAGCUGUAUGUUUGCAUAUGGACAGACAGGAAGUGGGAAAACAUAUACAAUGCUUGGUGAAAUUGAAGAUUUGGACGUGAAGCCUAGUCCCCAUCGUGGAAUGACACCACGUAUAUUUGAGUUUCUGUUUGCCAGGAUCCAAGCUGAAGAGGAAAGCCGGAGAGAUGAGAACUUAAAAUACAACUGCAAGUGUUCCUUCUUGGAGAUUUACAAUGAAAAUAUUACAGAUCUACUUGAUCCUUCGUCUACUAAUUUGCUAGAUGUCAAGAAGGGUGUAUAUGUUGAAAACCUAUCUGAGUUUGAGGUUCAGAGUGUUAGUGACAUUAUAAGGCUUCUAAUUCAGGGUUCUGCAAAUAGAAAAGUUGCAGCAACAAACAUGAAUAGAGAGAGCAGUAGGUCCCAUAGUGUUUUUACAUGUGUAAUCGAGAGCACGUGGGAAAAAGAUUCUACCACUAAUUAUCGCUUUGCAAGGUUAAACCUGGUUGAUCUAGCUGGGUCAGAAAGACAGAAAACUUCUGGUGCUGAGGGGGAGCGUUUAAAAGAAGCGGCUAAUAUCAAUAAAUCAUUAUCUACCUUGGGUCACGUUAUUAUGAUACUAGUGGAUGUGGCAAAUGGGAAGCAGAGGCAUGUCCCUUACAGAGAUUCCAGGCUAACUUUUCUUCUUCAGGACUCUCUUGGCGGAAACUCGAAAACAAUGAUCAUUGCCAAUGUCAGCCCUUCUAUCUGCUGUGCUGCUGAAACAUUGAAUACACUUAAAUUUGCUCAGAGAGCUAAACUUAUUCAAAAUAAUGCUGUGGUGAAUGAAGAUUCUUCUGGGGAUGUAAUUGCUUUAAAGCAUCAAAUUCGGCUUUUGAAGGAGGAGCUUUCUACUCUCAAACGACAUCAGAAUGUCUCCAGGUCUCUGUCCUUUUCUUUGGCAUCAGUCAGGGAUAUAAAACAAUCACUAGAAGACAACUGUUGCUCAGAAAAUGCACCUGACAUGGAUGAUCAUGAAGAUAAUAUGUCUGAUUAUGAAUCGAAGGGCAUUAGAAUGUCCCACAAACAGUUAAAAUCAUUGGAAACAACUCUUGCUGGUGCUUUGAGAAGAGAGCAGAUGGCAGAAAUUUCUAUUAAGCAACUCGAAGCAGAAAUUGAACAACUAAACCGUUUGGUUCGUCAAAGAGAGGAGGACACUAGGAGUUGCAAGAUGAUGCUUAGGUUUCGUGAAGACAAAAUUCAUAGAUUGGAAUCCCGGGUUGCUAGUUCCAUUCCUGCAGACACAUUUUUGCAGGAAGAAAAUAAAGCGCUGUCUGAUGAAAUUCAGAUACUUCAGGGCAAACUUGAUCGAAAUCCUGAAGUUACUAGGUUUGCUGUAGAGAAUAUCAGACUUCUAGACCAACUUAGAAGAUAUCAAGAGUUCUAUGAAGAAGGGGAGAGAGAGAUUCUUUUGGCUGAAGUGUCUUCUUUGAGGGAACAGUUGCUUCAAUUUCAUGGAAGAAACAGCAUUCAGGGCAAUUCAAAUCACGACAUUCAGCUGGAGAAAACUCAGUGCUGCAAGAAAGACAAUGACUCUGAUGAUCAAGAGCUAAUAAACACCCUUGAUGAGUUACAGGAAUGCAGGCGUAACUUAAAAUAUUGCUUAGAGGAGAAUGCCAAACUCAGUAGGGAAUUAGAUUCUCUUCACCCAAUGAUAAGCAGCAAAAAUGCCACAAAGGUUUCUACAAAAGGAAUGGUUUGUGAAGCUCAAGCAGUUCCCCAGAUGGGGGGGAAGCAUGAAUCUCAAAUGUUAAAACACACAGAUGAUAUCUUGAAUUUGCACCUGGAAUUAGAUAUAGUAAAGAUCAUUCUGAAGGAAGAGAGGAUUUUCCGUGGUAUAUUGGAGGAGCAGACAGCUUGCUUAAAUCGGGAUUUUCAGUUGGCACAAGACAAGCUUAUGCUGACCAGCAAACAAUUAGAAGAUGCAAAUGAUGAGCUGAAAGAGGCAAAAUCUGUUAUUGAAGCUCUUGAAUCACAACAAAUAUUAUCUAUCAAAGAAAAAGAUGGGAUGAGGAACAAGAACAGCCAUUAUUUGGAGCUUACGGGGAAACAAGAGCGUGAAAUCAUGACUUUGAAGAACCAACUUACAUCUAACGAGUUAAGAGAUAAUUUGUUUUCAAAUCAUCUAAAGGUUGAAAAUGAGUCCCCCUUACAGGUAAAACUCCGAAGGAUGCAUGAUUCUCUUGAAAAAGCCAAGCAACUGAACAUGUUGUACCAAAGUGAUCGUGCAUUUCAGAUAUCUAAUGAGGAAGAGAUGGAUGAAGUGCGUCGGCAGGCUGAAGCUGAAACAGCUGAGGUGAUAGUGUGUAUGCAGGAAGAACUUGCUCUACUUCAGCAACAAGUUAAUGAUAGUCGUUUGAAGGAAAUAGAAAUGAAAGAAAGUAUAUUGCAUUUGGAAACUGAAGUAAAGGAAGUGCAGGAAAAAUUACUUGCUACUGUUGAUGAUAAUCGAAGUUUAAAGGAAGAGAUUGGCCUGAAAGGUAGAGAACUCAGAUCACUGGCUGAAGAAUGGGAAUUAUUAACAUCUGAGAUUGAAGAGAUUCUUGCUGAUGGAUGUGAGGCACUUGUUGAUGCCUCUGACGAACUUGGCCGUAUAAGAAAUUCAUUUCCACAGAAAAGGAUCUGGAUUUCUGAACAAGUAGGCAUGAUCGUUAGAAACAUUUCUGAGAAGGAAUUACUAAUUGAUGAACUCAGAAGAUGUUUGGAAGAUGCAAGCAAUAAAAGGAGUGAUAUGGAGUGUAUGCUGAAGUCCUUACGAAGUGCAGCAUUGGUGAUUACUGAAGCCCACCAGAAGGAGUGUGCUGAAAAAGAGAAAGAAAUUCUCCUAUUGACCUCACAGCUGAGUGGAAAAACAUCUGCUGUGGCACAGCUAGAGGAGCAGUUGAUGAUGGCAGAAAAUAAAAUCAGAAAAGCAUCAAAUUGUGCAACAGUAGCUUUUGUAGUUGUAAAUAGAUUGUCAGAGGUGAAUCUUGGUCACCUGGAUGAUAUAAAAUACAAGGAUAUUCUGCUCACAGAGAGACAGAUAGCAGAGUUGCAGGAAAGAUGUGAUGAAUUAUGGCAGAAGCUGUCUGAGGAGCAAGAACAUUCUUGUGCCUUGGAACAAAAGCUUGAGGAUAUUGAAAAGAAUGCCAUUUUGGAGACAAGGGAGCAGCUAGUGACAUUACAAGAUGGUGUCUCUUCAAUCAGGUCAUGCAUGGCCUCUAUUACAGACCGUUCUGAAAGUCUUGAAGAUAGAAAAUCAUUGGAUGCAUGCACAUCACACUAUAUUGAUAAUGGUGAACCAAGGAUGAGUUCUGAACCACAUCAAAAGAGUGAUUCAGAUCCACUUUCUGUUGAAAAAACUAUGCUUGAACUGGCUGAUUUACCCUUUAAAUUGACCAAAAGUGGAUAUGAAAAGAAAGACCAUAAAUCAAGAAGAGUUUGCAAGGGUGCAUGUGAAAGGGACCAUACCAUUACACUUCUGAGAAAAGAAAUAGAAUGUGCUCUUGAAAGCUUAAAAGAAGUGCAAUAUGAGAUGACCAGAUUGCAUGAAGAGAAAAAGGAGAUGUCAAUGUGUGAAAAGAAGAGUCGGGAAAGCAUAGAGUGCCUUGCACCUCAGAUACUUUCCCUACAAGAAGCUAUGGACCUCUUUGAAGGGAAAUUCAAUGUCAAGAUUGAAGUACUCAGUGACAAACUUAGAGACCUGGAGGAACCUCUGAAAGAAGCUGGCUCCCUUUGGCAUCAAAGGAAAGAGUACCUUGAACUUGAAGUUGGAGAGGCAAAGAUCAUUCAAGCUCAGAAAGCUCAAGAGGUUUCUUGUGUUCUUGCUAAAUUUGAAGAAGCGCAAGAUACAAUCAGAGAAGCAGAUAUUAUGAUCAAUGAAUUAGUGAUAGCUAAUGAAUCCAUGAAGAUUGAUAUAGAAAGUCUGAAAGAUAGAGAAGCCACAUUACUCAGUGAGAAGGGUACAUUAGUCAGCAAUAUUGAAAGCCUACAAACUGUUGUUGAUUUGAAGCAUCGGGAGAUAGAGGACCUCGUUGAAUCAAAUCUUAUGGAAACAAGGGAUUUAGUUGGUCAGCUGGAUGAUGUCAUUAAAGAGGUCCAUUUGAUGUCAAAGGAAGAUUUCAUGUCUUUAGCUUGUGAUUUAGAGUGCUUCAAGUCUCAAUUUUUAUAUUCCACAAGGUUGAUACAGCCAUGGCUUGAGAAUAUAUGGUCUGAGAUAGUUUUUAAAGAUUGUGCUAUGUCUGUGCUACAUCUCUGUCACAUGGGUAUUCUGCUGGAAACAGUAACAGGGAUGCAUGCAGAAAAUGGUUUGCUUUCACAUGGCUUGUGUGAAUCAAACUCUGUUAUAAGCAAUUUGAAGGAACACAAUUAUAGGACAAGGCAAGAGCUAGAUAUGUGCAGAAUCUUGAAAGGGAAGCUGCUGGCUGACAUCAAAAACAGUUUUGAUCGCAUUACUAAGAAAGAAGUAGAAGCUGGAGAAAUCACCAUCAAGCUAAACACUUUUGCUAAGAACAUAUCGGACCUACAGCUUCAGGAGGAGAUGAUGUUGCAAAGGUCUAAUGAAAUGGGAUCCCAACUAGCUUUGUUAAUGAGGGAAUUGGAUCUGAGUAAUACAGAUGUCGUGACAUCCCUUUUAGAUCAAGAGAAACUGCUGAAACAGAAAGUGGAAGUCAUUGAGUCUCAAGCUGAAAUUUUUAUGGCAGAUUGGUGUGCCAAAGACUUCGAAUCACUUAUCUAUGCGUCUGAAGUUAAAAAUAUGGCAUGUAAUAUAGCUGAUAUGGAAGAGCAUUUUGUCAAGUACUCUACAUUAAUUGAGCAACUGAAGAAAGAAACAAUCUAUUCCCAGGUAGAAACUGAGGUAGCAGAGCAAAUUUUGAUGGAUAAGGAGGUUGAGGUUUCACUUCUUAAAAGAGAUGUUCAGCAGACAAAAGUGGAAAGGCAGUACCUUCUAAAGGAAUUAAACCAGAAUGUCUCAAGGAUUACAGAGAUGGGUGAAGUAAACACGGUCCUGGAACAAAAAAUUGAGUUUCUAAAGGAUGUUGCUUGUUCUAAUAAUGCAUUGAAAGGUGAACUUUUUGAAGUUCAAGAGGCCAAGAAAAGACUGAUGGAUAAGAUUCUUGAUCUAGAAACUGAUUAUGAUAAAGUACUUGGUAAUAUCAUGGAGAAGGAAGUGGCUUCUGAAUUUUCUUCUCAUCAGAUUUCUUUUCUUGAACAUCAAAAUGCAGAGUUAAAGAAAGUAAACUACAUGUUGCAAGAUUCAUCUUGCAGACUUGAGAAUGAGCUGAACCUAAAGGAUUCAGAGUUAACUAGAUUGCAGGGUUUAUUGCAGGAUGAGUUAUCCAGAAAGGAUGAUGUGAUAAAAGGGCUGCUGUAUGAUCUGAGCUUACUGCAGGAAUCUGCAUCAAACUGUAAAGACCAAAAAGAUGAAAUUGAAGAAAUGGUGGCUACAAUGGAAGCAUUAGAAACAGAUCUUGUUGUUAAAUCAAGCGAGCUUUCUGACAUUGUUGCGAACUGUCAAUUGCUUGAAGCUCAGUUGCAGGAAAAAUCGGGCAUAAUUACAGCUCUUGAGUUGAAGCUCUCAAAAGAACGCGAGGCUCUAAAGUUGAAAGUCAGUGAAAAUCAAGAACUUAGAAAUCAUAUUGAAGAAGCCUUGGCAGCAAGAAAACUGACUGACAAUGAGCUAACAGAAAGAAUGAAGAUGACAGAGAGUCUUAAAGAUGAAGUCCUGGAAAUGAGCAGUGUUCUUAGCCAAAUGAAUGAUUCAAUUAAAUACCUAAGUAGCGAUCUGGAUGAAGUCACUAUUGAGAGGGAUCAGCUUCAGGGUCAAGUAAUUUGUCUCAACGACAGGCUUGAAAAGGCUGAAGCUCAAGCUGAAGCUAAUGAUGCAAUUGCUCAAGAAGCUCAGAAGAUGGCAGAAACAAGAAAACUUUAUGCCGAGGACAAGGAAGAAGAGGUGAAGCUUCUAGAGAGAUCAGUUGAAGAACUGGAAAAUACUGUAAAUGUACUAGAAAACAAAGUUGACAUAAUUAAAGGAGAAGCAGAACGACAAAGGCUGCAAAGAGAAGACUUAGAAUUGGAGCUUCAUGCAUUAAAAGAUCAGAUGCAAAAUGUUAGAAAUGCUGAUGGUGACAUGAGAAGAUUUUUGAAUGACAAAGAAAAAAGCCUCAACGAAGCCCUAAAUCACGUACAGGUUCUAAAGAGGGAUUUGGCAGGAAAGGAUACAGAGAUUGCACAAAUGAAAGCUCAUAUUUCCGAGCUAAAUUUGCAUGCUGAAGCACAGGCCAAGGAGUACAGGCAGAAAUUCAAAGCAUUGGAAGCCAUGGUUGAGCAUGUCAAACCUGAAGGCCUUUCUACCCAUUCCACCAAUGCUUUGUCUAAUAAUAAAUCUGAGAAGAAUGCCACCAAGUCUCGAGGUUCUGGUUCUCCUUUCAAAUGCAUUGGGUUGGGCUUGGCACAACAGAUAAAAUUUGAGAAGGUUGAAGAGCUGUCUGUUGCAAGACUGCGCAUUGAAGAACUAGAAUCCCAGGCAGCAAUUCGACAGAAAGAGAUAUUUUCUCUGAAUGCCAGAUUAGCAGAUGCUGAGAGCAUGACCCAUGAUGUAAUUCGAGACUUACUUGGAGUAAAGUUGGAUAUGACGACUUAUGUGUCACUACUGGAUAAUGAGCAAGUGCAGAAGAUUACAGAGAAAGCCCAAUUUCUCACUCUGGAGCCUCAAGAGAAGGAACAGGAGGUUAUUAAACUAAAGAAGCAGCUGAAUGAAUUCAUUGAAGAGAGAAAAGGAUGGCUGCAAGAAAUGGAUAGGAAGCAAGCCGAAUUAGUUGCCGCACAAAUUGCAUUGGAAAACCUUCGGCAGCGAGACCAGUUACUAAAAACUGAAAAUGAAAUGCUGAAGGAGGAAAACAACAAGUUAAAGAUACAAAACGAAGAACUCAGCACAAGGCUACGGAGGGCAGAGAACUUCCAUUCGCGUGUAAAAGAGGAUCUUGCUCGUAUUCGUGCUUCUGCCGGGGCGAAACCAUGUAUUAAUUUUGAUGAGGAGCAGCGUGUGAUGAUAAAGCUAAAGGAGAUCGAGGAAGAGAAGGUACAAUUAGCACAGCAAUUACUGAGAUUGUCCACUAAUGUUUUAAAGGCUGCUGGAAUAACAAAAUCCACCGCAGAAGUAAACCCUUCUAUGGCUGAGGAAGCCUUACAGGAGCUCAAAAAUAAGAUAACUUGUCUGGAAAUGGAACAAGAAGAUUUGAAGUUUAAGAAUAAAAUUAUUAAUGAAAAGAUUCGAUUAUCUGAGCUCAUGCCACAAGCUUCUCCUUUGAAUUUGAGAUCCGAGGAGAAUCGUGCAACUCCACCAAGGGCAUCCCAAGGUCCAUUCCUCUCCAGUUUUGAACGAUAG